UUCACAGGCCAAUAAACUGAGUCCAGUUCCUUAACGCUACAGGCCAGGCUGUGAAAUAACAAAGACCUGGUAGAGUUUACUGAGGUCUGGGCUUACUUUUUCCCAAGGAGCAUAAAAGAUCAUGUUGGAGCUGGUUGGGGUCCAGGGCUGUGGGAUGGGUGUGGCUAGGUCCCAAGCUAACUUGCUUUUGUGUUCUUUAGUUAUGUUAAUUAUUUCUGUUGUCUUUUUUUGUAUUACUUUACUUUAGACGUUUAGUGCUUGAUUCGUAUGCAGCAAAGGGACUUUUCCCCAAUCUGUUUGGUAUUUAUGAUGCUUAUUUUACACUAACAGGCACCUUAUUUAGUUUAGGAUAGUUUUCAUUUAUGAUUUUAUUGGAAAUGUUUUCUAGACAUUUAUGCUGAUUGAUCUUCUUCAUGCUAAUCCUCACCCUUUUAUUCUCCUUCUGAGGUGUUCCCUGUGGCUGUGCAGCUUGAAUGGAUCUCUGUGACCUGCUCUGAGCUCUGCUGUUGUGUGCUGUGAGAGGACUUCAGGGAAGCUCUGAAAUCCACACAUGGGAGCAGUGACUUUUGAUGAUGUGCAAGUGAACUUCACUGAGGAAGAGUGGGAAUCGUUGGAUCCAUCCCAGAAGAAUCUCUACAAAAAUGUGAUGUUGGUGACCUUCCUGAACCUCAAAGCUCUAGGCUCUAAUUGGAAAGACCAUGAUAUUGAAGAACAUUUUGAAAAUUCUAGAAGAUUUAAAAGUGGUCCUGUGCUCUCACCACCCCUUGAAGACAAGGAGUUCAGAAAGCAGGACACCACAGAGGACGGCAUCCUGGUGAGAAACGCCUAACAGGAGGCCCUGACAUGUGCAAAGGAUUGCCUCUCUGGAGCGCACUUCUCCUCAACAAGGUUCAUCCACAAACUUUCACAAACAUCAUCUAGAAUGCAAUUUUUGCAACCAGGCAACACAUCUGAUGUGCUGUGCUCCCAUGAAAUUGGAAGAAAAUGAUUCAAUCUUCCUAAGCUUUGGUUCCUCCCUCUUUGCCGUGAAAGUAAUAUCUGUUUUCCUAUUGGGUAGAAAAUGGGAUGACGGGAAGAUGGGGAGCUGCCUAGAACAGGGACUGUUGUCAGUGUCACCAAUAAACACCAGUUAUUUUUA